AUGAGUUUGGAUGAGCGUCGGGCACUCGAAGCGCUGAAAGAGGACAAUAAUAGCACCAUCGAUGGCUGGCAGGAUGACUACGAUGACUUCAGCUUUGGUAACAUCUGCGAUGGAACAGAGCCGCUCGCCAUCAGCCAUGCUGGUGGCGAGUUCACUGACCUUGCAAGAGAGGUUCUAGGAGACUUUUGGAAAACGAACAAGGCGUUUGCUGAGCAGCUGCCAGUGAUAACGGACGCGUACCUUGCGUGG